AUGGCGGCCGGGGCAUGGCGGAUGACCCGGGAGAUCGAGCUUUCCACGGCCAGAGCGUGCCUCAUUGAACUCGUGCGGGGCGACCGCCCUGCGGUAACGUGGCAUUUGCCAGCGUCGAAGACGGACGCGACAGCGUUGGGCCGCGUCGGGGGCCACAGCCUUCGCCCCACCGGGGCGCAAGGCCUGGCGCGCCUCGGGGUCGACCUGCGGGCGAUCCAACUCCCGGGGCACUGGGGCUCAUCCGCCGCCCAGGGGCACGCGCGGGAGGCAUCGCUGGACGCGGCCGCUGAGUGGGCCAGGCGCGCUGGCAGCAACCUCGACCUCGAGUCCGCGCUUGGCCAGGUCGCGGAGCUGCGAUCCGAGUUCGGCGAGCUCCGCCGCGGCCAGUCGACCCCAGAGGGUCUCGUCGACAUGGUGCUCGACGAGGUACGUUCGGAGCCGGGACGCCAUUUGCUGCGCUGCGAGCUGCAGGACACGGCGGUUCGCCCGGAGGACGAGCUGCAGCUGCCCGCCUGCGCCGGCGGGAGCAACCCGGUCAGGAAGGUGCUCAACCGCGAAUCCGGUGUCUUGCACGCCGUCCUCGUCGGGCCGCCCACCAUGCCCGCGGCUGCCUGGCAGCAGCCGCAGAGCUCUAGCGAGGCCGCCGAGGAGCUCGCCUCCCGGCGGCAGAGGUACCUGCGGCAGCAGCGGCUGCUGAACCAGCAGUUGCUGACUUUCUCCGAGGACCUGACCAUCCCCCUGGGCUCCCGCGCGCAGCGGCCCAGCGCCCCGCCGCUCUGCGACGAAGUUCCCGCUUCGGCGCGCGAGCGGCGGCCACGCCCCGCCGCCAGCGGCGCGCCCUCGCGGCUGCCCUCCGCGCUGGCGGCGGAGAAGGCCAUCGCCUUCGUCCGCGGGGUCACCGAGCGCUCCCUGGCCGCGCGCAAGGCCGCCGCUCCGGCGCGCGUGCUGCUCUGA